AUGGAGUGGAGCCACUGGGGAUUGACACUGUGUAUUCUAUUUAGUGCGCUGGGCACUGUGUCCCUGUCAGACGGGGAGGGGAGGAAGCUGUCCAGGAGGAGGCGUUAUGUCGUUUUUCCGGAAGGCUCGAGCUUCUCUAUAGCCCUCUGUAUGACAAUGCACACAUUGACUCCCGAUAAUAUCUUCACGGAGGGUCUCAAUUGGGGUAUCUCCUAUGACUUACCCAACGAGAGUAAACCAGCACUCGAGCCGUUUCUUCAAUUACGUAAGGACCGGCCAAUUCCAUCUAAGCACCACUACAAACUAAACAAGGAUCAUAUCAGAAAUGAGAAUUCACUCAAGUACAACAAUUGGUACAAGCACCCUGGUAAUCGGUACUACAAUCUCGAUGACGGUAAAAAGUACUAUUAUCGGAAAUCGGAUUACGACUACAUUAAACGGAGACAUCGGAGGGAACUCUAUAACAAGUUGGAGGUGAUCAUGAACGCGAUGGGCUUUGAAGGACGAACAUGCAUACAACGCGCCCUCUGCGAAGCCUCGCAGCGUUUGAUGCCAAAAGGAAACACCCUCGUUGAGGAAAUGAUGAGGAUAGCUUUCUCGUUACCACUGAAGAGGGUGUUGCUGUCCCACGAGCCGGUGGAACAUCACACAUACACAGAGGCUCAUCGUGCUGGCCGCAAGGGCACCAGGUGCGAUACCAUGUUCUCGGGAUGUCCCUUCUCACUCAUAGACAUGGCCCUUGGGAAGUACAGCAGUGAGACUGGAUCUCAGCCUGACCUACCGGAACCUGUGCAGGAUAUUCCCGGAAAUUCGGUGAUGAAAUACUUCAUGAAGUGA